AUGCCCUUUGGCCAUGGAGAUGCCAUGAGGGGUUGGAACCAGUUGAUAUCUUUGAUUAAAGCUGAAGGAAUGGAUGAGUACAACAUCAUUCAUCAAUGUCAUAUGGAUUCUCUUUCAGAGCUAACCAACACACAAGACAUAGCAGUUGCACUGGAAGGUAAUUUAAAACAAUCAUUCUCAUCUGAGAGCAACUCCUCUUACCCAAUUUUCACAACCAAAAACAGUUCCACAACUUUUAGUGGUUCUUCAAAUGAAACAUCUCAAACAAGCUUUGAGCGACCCACCAAGCAACUUAAGACGACUAACAGCUGGAACUCUAGCACCACCACCGAGCACAUAUCUUCAAAUAAUUCUCUACCAACCUCUCACUUCCUUUCUUUUGAGAAAUCGAAUUGCUCCCUGAAGCCGCCUAAGGACGAGACAGUGACUUCCGGAAAUUUUCAUUUCCAGCAUUUGGCUCAAAAGAAUUCCUUGGAGAGUCAAAAUUAUGCUACAGGAGUUAAUCAUGGGACUAAAAAGUGUUAUUCAAUGACAAGAACUCCUUCGUUGGCUCAUGAUCACAUUAUGGCUGAAAGAAAGCGAAGAGAAAAGCUUAGCCAGCGAUUUAUAGCUCUUUCAGCUAUUGUUCCUGACCUAAAGAAGAUGGACAAAGCUUCAGUUCUUGGAGACGCUAUAAGGUACAUGAAAGAGCUUCAAGAACGUGUGAAAGUCCUUGAGGAACAGACCAAGAAGAGAACGGUGGAAUCAGUGGUUUUCGUGAAGAAGUCUCAGGUAUCUUCAGAAGAUGAAAUUUCGUCGUCUGAUGAGAAUUUUGAUGGUACCUCCGACGCAGCACUCCCAGAAAUUGAAGCCAGAGCUUCAGAUAAAGAUGUCCUCAUCCGAAUCAACUUCGAGAAACAGAAAGGAUUCCUCCCAAAAAUAUUAACCGAAAUUGAGAAUCUUCAUCUUUCCAUUGUCAAUAGCAGUAUCUUGCCGUUCGGAAAUUCCACUCUUGAUAUAACCAUAAUCGCUCAGAAGAAUGAAGAAUUCAGCAUGACAAUGAAGGAUCUCGUGAAAGACCUAAGAAUGGCUUUAUUGAAGUUUAUGUGAUAUGAUAGACUAAGCUCAAAUCAAGAAUGGAGGAUUUUCGUCUUAUCGACCUGUAUAUCAGAAGUAUGUGUAUAUCAGGAUAAGUGAUGCGUUAGCACAUCAAGUACUUUUUAAAUCUAACGAGAGAAAAUUGGGCCUCUAAAUUAAUCUCUCUUUUUUUUUCGACCAUGUUCACCAUUUUCAACGCUUGUUUUCCCGCACGUUUCGAUUUGCCGGAGGGUUUUUUCUACUUGUUUUUGCGUGGUUCACUUAUGUCAAUGAACCGCGUUGAAUUACCCACAUCCUGCACAAGAAAUCGCCACGGCUUUACGUUACCCUAGGGUUUUCGACGGGGGUACGAGAUUUCAUUAUUCUUAUUAAUUCCGAGGAUGAUGGGAUCUCAAUCUUUCUUCUUUUAUCAAAAGAAAUCAUGGUCUUUAUUGCUACAGAGACAUAAACAGGCAUUCUCUCAAGAGAUUGGAUGUAGUGUUUUUUUUAGGGUUAUUGUGGAAUUUGCUUCUUUGGCUUCUGUUUGAAACCCCUUCUUACAACUGUGACGGAGUUGUGAUAUUUUCCUUUUCGUUUCUCAAUGUAACUUUCAA